UCUUUUUCUAUUGUAUUUGCGAUUGUUUUGUGCGCGGCGUGUGUGUGUGUUGUGAAUGGAGCAGCAGAGUGACUUGCAUUCAACUGCAUCCACUCAACCACACCCCGCCAACAACCUCAACAACGACAAUACCAAUCACAGUAACAACCUCAAUAACAACAACCGCUCGAAGGACAGCGACGGAGCACCGACGCUCACGACAAUGCGACCUCAGCCAGACGAUCCGGAUCGCACCGGCCUGACGAUAGCCGGAGGGACGCCCGCUGCAGCCCAGCUGAGCAGCAGCGACACGGACACGGAGACUGCCGACAUCAGCCACAGGCACAGCCACAGGCACAGCCACAGCAGCAGCAAUCCGAGUCAGAGGAAGAAGAAGGAGGACGCGUUCACUGCGCACCGCUCCGACGCAACGCCCGCCAGUCUCAAUGACAAUGACAAUCUCAAUGACAAUGACAAUCUCAGUGACAAUACCACGAACGCAGACUCGACGCAGAGCGACGGGACAGAGACCGACACGAGUCUCGGCGGGCUCGUCGGCGCAGUGGUCGCAGCCGCUGUCGGCGCUCCGUCGCAGAUCAUGUCCGCGGGGCCGCUCGACCCAGACUCGGACGUCAUGAAGCUGAGCCACCACAAUAGCAAUAGCAUGAUGGAUGACGGACCUCAUCGGAGCGGGUCGCAGGCAGAGGUCAAUGCACUGACGCACAAAGUAGGAGAUUCAAGCCAAAGCCAAAGCCAAAGCCAAAGGACGGGCGACGUGCACUUGACACUCGCAGCAGCGGAUGCUCCUACUUCCGAACCGGUGAUUGUAUCGACGAGGACGAGCAGCACGCCAAUCAAGAAUCUCAUGUCAUCGCAGGGGCUUGACGACGCCCAAGCAAAUGACCACAUCGACGACAACGACGUACGAGAUGACAACUCCGACGAGGAGGUGGACGUAGACGGCGAGACGUCCGAUUUGGAAGACGACCAAGAGUUCCAGGACGCACGCAUACAUGACGACAAUGCAGAGCAACCUCAGGCAGGGCGCCGUCGAAUGCGUCGCCGACAUCGCAAGAAGAGCAACGCACAUCAAGGCGCGCAGCAUGAUGCGCGAGGUGCCAUCGACGGAAUAGCCAUGAUCGCGUCCAUGCUUGCCCCGUCCGCCGCGCACGCUUCCCUUGUGACUCACCCAAAGAGGCUGGAUGUGCCUGCGAGCCCGCCCGCUGCAGCCACCGCAGAGCCGGAAAUUGUCGUCACCUCGCCGAGCAUCGACCAGCCCAUCGCCCCUCAGAUUGGCGCAGGAGACACGUCCGUGUUUGAAGUCGAGUCGCUGGGCGAUGUUGUUGCGAGCAGUGCCGCGCAUCCGGCAACAGCGGCCAAUGUCGCUCUUUCACACGAGGCGUCCAUCCAAGCCGCGUCGACGCCAACCGGCUUGCCACCGACUGCAGGCACGCCGCUCACACACGCACUCUCCGCCCCGCCCGAUUUGCAAGCUGACGACUAUGUUCUGAUCGAAGAGAAGGAGCUCAUGGAAGAGAUGGCCAACGACCCUUCCAAGCCGUCCUUUGUUCUCGUCACGCAACUGGCCAUCUCUGCAUCAGCACCCGCCUCGACCACACAGGCGCAUACACCUGACAUCCACGACGAUGACUGUCGCACCGAGCCGCCGCUGGAUGCGGUGGUCGAUGGCGAGAGGGUCAUCACAAUGCGCCUGCCUCCUGAUUUAGUCAAGGAGCGCUUGAGACAGGUGGGCGUCGAGCUCGACAGCAACGGCAAAGUGAAACGAGACGAGCACGGCGAUCUCGUCUUCUCGUCCAAGUCCACAGCGCAAGGAGACGUUGACCUGAAUUUCAUCUUUUCCACCCUCCGAUCGCUCGGUUACCGCUUGGCGCGUGACGGCGAUAUUGUGCCUCUCGACAGCACGCCCAGCGCACGGACUCCUGGCGCACCCGUAUCAACUCGUGAGGAGGUCAUCUCUCGGUUGAUUGAGGGAGCAGGCAAAGCCGAGCCAACUCAUCCGCCUGCCUCGCGCAAGUCCAGCAAGCCAUUGCACCAUCGUCCGCGAAGUGAGGUCGACGAAGAUGGCAAGCCCCGCGAUGAGUGGAUUAUGCUGACGCCAGCGUCAGACGCGGCUCUGACUUCCGCUUCCUCGACUUUGGCGCCGAGUGCAACACCGGGUGCAACUGCAACAGCAGCAGCAGCAACACCAACAGCGGCAGCAGCAACACCAACAGCAGCAGCAACUACACCAGCGACAUCCGCUGCUGCUGCAGAGACGCCCUCUCUCCAGGUUGCAGCAGCAGCAGCAGCAGCAGCAGCAGGCUCGAACGAUGCAACACACUCUGCCGGACUCACAACGCCAGGAAGCAAAGGGGAGCUGCUGUUCCUACCCCCAGCAGCGACUGUGCGCGCCACGUCCCCUUUGCAGGAUUCUGCUUCCACGAUGCGAGGCAAAGGCCACAAGCGCCUGCCGUCCGGCUCCCACCAAGUUCCGCCACCAGCAUUGGGGAGCAUUGCCGAGGCGCUGGCCUCCGUCGUCUCAACCACGACAGCUGCCGCCGCACAACCAGACGCACCGGACGCGCUCACCUCAAAAGAUGCCUUGGGUGCAGCUGCAGCGUCCAAUGCUGUCGAUGGUGGCGCAUUCAUCAUGACGAGCACGGUCAUACCCAAGCACGAGGUGCUCUGGUCUCUCCCACCCGACGAACUCGACCCCGCCGUGGACAGCGAUGACGACGAAGAAGCCCAGAUGGGUCGCGGAAGUGCUCGUGGUGCUGCAUCUGGUUCCAAGCGCAAGGGCAUCAGUGGUGGUGGCGUCAUGCACAAGUUCUUUUCUCGCACCAGGUCGUUCAUGCAGCCUGAAGGCCGAUCAUCGAUUUCCGGCAGCGACGGGAGCGCGCCGACGAGUUCCAAGCGAGACCCACGAGGAGAACCCACCCGGCAGGACAGCACAUCAUCCAGUGGGAAAGAUCGGACUCAGCUGUUCAAGGAUGCGAAGCUGGCUGCAAGUGCGCAUCAAGCUGCUGCGAUUCGCCAUGCGCACGAUGAGGACGUGUCCAGUCUAGCCUCCAAGUCGGCCUCGGGUGUGGCGACCCCAACCCUUCCUCAUGCCGGCGAUGGCUCGGAGCGUUUCGUUGCGUUCGAUCGCGAGCCUGGGGUGCGUUUUGCGGCCUCCACCUCUGCAGGCUCUGCAUCGGAUGCGAGCGCUGAGGCCACGACCCACGCCGAUUCGCAUGCUAGUAGUGCUGCUGCGCCCACUGCUGCUGCAACUACUGCCUCGAUCUCUGCCGGCCCGUCUGCCGACCACAAAGGCUUCCGAAAGCGCCUCGCCAGUCGACUGGGUCUGGUCGUUUCAAGCGCUGACAAUGAAACUGGCGCAGCUGGUACCGAGCCAGAAUCCAUCCCAAUGGCGAAACGUGGCCAUUCCGACUCUGUUGCCAGUGGCAGCUCCACACCCAAAAUCGUGGCGAGCGGAGCGGCCGAAGCCUUCACAAUGGCUCUUGCACAACUGGAGCGCCUCAAGCAAGAGCAGGCAGAGCGGGCGCCGGACCAUUCGGCCGUUGGCGAAGUGGAAGACGAGACUCAGCUUUCGGCGGUGUGGUCUCCUGCCAUGCAAGUGGCGAUGCAGCAGCACGCCAAGAAGGCACCACCAACGCUUCUUCAUCAAAAGCUCCAUGCAACUUUGUCUGACAUUCCCGAGUCUGGUGAGGGUGCCGCUCUACCCAGCACCCCAUCUUCAAAGUCGGCUGCCAUGGCACAGGCUUCUGUCGACGAGGAUGCUGAUUUUGCGCGUGACAUGGAGGAUUUGAAGCAGCGUUAUGAAGCGGCGAAACGACUCCGCGAGUCCGAUGCAACCACUCAUCCUGACGCUGGCCACUUGGCGGCUGCCUCGGCACCAGCUGUCAUUUCCAAUCAACCCAACGCAGCUGCAGUCGCAGCCGCUGCCUCGGACGUCCCCGCCCCCGAGGCGCCUGCUGCUUCUGAAGAACGGCACCGAGCCCGCGAGAUGUGGCGACGGGUUGCGGAUGUCUUCCCUUCCCGCGCCAGCACGUCCGCUCUUCCUGUCGGCUCCCAACAACCGGAAGCGCCUGCAGCAGCACGCACCCGACGCGAGACCGAGCCUGUAUCGACUGCAACCUCGACCGGCGAACGAACCCAUCGGUUUGACUUUUGGCGCCGCAAGCGACCGCGGUCCGAUUCGACAGCCACUCCAGCGUUGCACCCAGAUCAAACGUCAGGAGUGCCGUUUUUCGACUUGUACGCGCAUUCGCCUUUCGCCAUCAAGACUUGGAUGACUGGCGUGCCGGUGCGAGCGCGUGUCAUUGCCGUUAUCAGCAUCAGCGAACCGCUACGACCCACCUACCCUGUUUACACCAUCGAGCUGCGACACGGUGCAUUCACGUGGUACAUUACCCGACGAUACAAGCAGUUCUUCAAGCUCCACUUUCAGUUGACACGGGCACGCCUCGUCGGUUCUCUUCAUGCACGAUUGCCCUCCUUCCCGACCGGCUUUCAAGCGCUCCAUCCGACGCUGCAUGUGCCCAUCAAGGAUGUGCUGGAGGCCUAUGUCAACUCGCUUGCCGCCAGCUUUGAGCUCCUCGAUCACCCGUACGUGCGCUCAUUCCUUGAGGUCAGUCCAUUCUCGUUCGUCAAGGACUUGGGACCGAAGGGCGUCGAGGGCGCAGUUGCCAAGCGGCACGGUGGCGCCAAAGUCACUGCUGUUAGCGCACUCAGCACGUGCAUCAACACUCCGUUCAUGCGGUCGGUCACCUGCCGAAACAAGUCGGGAGGACGCAAGCAUCGACGAGCCGCCAUCUCCAAAACGGACGCGCAGGAGCGCAAGGAAGCGGCGAGCGCAUCUGGACGACCCGACAACAAGCCAGCUACCACUGCCGAUGCCACAACAGCGCUUGCGACCACCGCCAAAAUUGAACACUUGUCACCUCAAGACAAGUCCUCGGCAGCGCAGCUGAGCCCCGCCACGGCUGCUCGCGAGCGGGAGGAUGCGCGCGCCGACGCGCGCCAAUUCUCCUCCAACAAGGAAGCCAAGUCGCAACAGGAUCCGAGUGCGCAGGAAAACCAAGCAGAUCGCCGCCGUCACCACGGUCGUGUUGAUGAUGAAGAAGAGUCCAGCGACUCGCACGAGACAGACUCUGGUGCUGGGACUUCUGCCGCCGCGUCCGCAACCAAAAAGCGGGCAUCACAACCCUCAACUCCCUCCACUCCGCCAGCCGAUAGCCCUGGCAAGGCUGCCGCCACGCCAACCAACGCUGGUGGCAAGCGUCGGCUCUCCAUCGACUCUGCGAAAAAGGUGGCCAAAGCGCGCGCGUCAUCGUCCCCUGGUGGUGGCAUCACGUCUGUCUUUAGUCGAUGGGCCGACGCAUGGUUUGUGGUCAAGGACAGCUUUCUGAUGUAUACCACUCCCAACCAAGCACUCGUCAAGGGUGUCUUGUUGUUUGACAAGUCGUUCAAGCUGCGGACUGGCGAGAGCGAAACGGGCGUCAAGAACGGUGUUCUCGUCUCCAACAACUCGCGCACCCUGCUCAUCCGCUGCAAAAACACGCGGCACAUGCUGCAGGUCCAGCACGAAUUGAUCAAGCUGCUCGAGGCUUGCCCGUACGUCAUUCCGCAUCCAAACAAUUCAUUUGCCCCCGUCCGCGAAGCGUCGUUGGCCCAGUGGUACGUUGACGGCCAGAGCUACUUUGGAGCCGUUUGCGAAGCGCUUGCCAAGGCCACACAGCAAAUCUUUAUCACUGACUGGUGGCUCAGCCCCGAGCUGCAUCUUCGCCGGCCGGCCGAGGCCUACCCCGACGCACGCCUCGACCGCGUUCUGCUUGAGCGAGCCAAGGCCGGCGUUCGCAUCUACAUUGUCAUGUACAAGGAAGUGGAGGUCGCCCUGACCAUCAACAGUCGCUACUCGAAAGACAAGCUGUAUUCCAUGCCUGGCUCUGAGAAUAUCAUCGUGCUGCGCAGUCCCGACCAUCCACCCGACGGAGUUUGGCUCUGGGCCCAUCACGAGAAGAUUGUGUGCAUUGAUCAGAAGGUCGCGUUCGUCGGCGGCCUCGAUCUGUGCUAUGGCCGGUUUGACAAUUACAGACACACUCUGACAGACCUGCACAGCUCAUCGACGGCAGAGGGCUUGAUUGGGAAGCUGCGCUUGAAGAUUGUCAGCGCCAUGAAUGUUGCCGCAAAAGACAUUGCCGGGACGAGCGAUCCGUACGUUGUCGUGUCGGUCCAAAACUCGCGAUACCGCACCUCUGUCAAAUCCAAGACGCUGAAUCCCGUGUGGAAUGAAACGUUCAAGUUUGACAUUACGGACGAGCAAGCCGAAGUCUCCAUGCUGCUGUAUGAUCGUGAUCUCAUCGGGAGCGACGAUUUCCUCGGGCAGGCUGUACUGAGCUUGAACGACCUGCCCCGCAACAACCAGAAAGCGGUGCUGCAGCUCAAGCUGACCUCCUUGUCGGGUUCUCCGGAUGCCGUGCCCGGUCACGUCAUGAUUGAGAUUACCUACAUGUCCAUGGAAACAACCGCUCCUCAUCUCAAAAAGUAUCCCACCUGGCCAGGCAAGGACUACAGCAACCCCAUCAUCAAGGACUUUUACGACCUGAGCAAGCCCUACGAAGAUUUGAUUGAUCGUGAAAAGGUUCCGCGAAUGCCAUGGCAUGACGUCGCCAUGGCCAUCUACGGCGAUGGAGCACGGGAUGUUGCACGCCACUUUAUUCAACGAUUCAAUCACGUAAAAUCUCUCAAGGCAAAGUUUGAUGCCUACAUCCCAUACCUCGUCCCCAAGUCCCACAUGAUUGCCGAAGAAAUCGAACGGGACCGGCAGAAUCUGUCUCUGCUUCCGCCAUAUCACAUUCCGCCGUUCAUGUGUGAAACUCAGGUGGUUCGAUCGAGCGGCAGGUGGUCGAGCGGUAUUCCGACGGAGCGAUCGAUCGAGGCGGCGUACCUGACCUUGAUUCACCACGCGGAGCACUUUAUUUACAUUGAGAACCAAUUCUUCAUCUCGUCCCUGCCAGACGACAAUGUCCACAACCGAAUUGGCAAUGCACUUGUGGCUCGCAUCCUUCGAGCGCACGAACAAAAGCAAAAGUUCCGUGUUGUGGUUGUGCUGCCGCUGCUGCCCGCGUUCGAAGGCGAGAUUGGCGGUGCCAAUUCUGCCUCCUUGGCAACCGUCUUGCACUGGAACUACCGCACCAUCUCGCGCGCCAAUGGCAAGUCCAUCUUCGAGCGCUUGCAAGCCGCCAUCGGCGACGAGUGUCACAAGUACAUCCAGUUCUUCUGCCUCCGCCAGCACGCCGAGAUUUCCGGCGAGCUCGUGACGGAGCAAGUCUACAUCCAUUCCAAGCUCAUGAUUGUCGAUGAUCGUUACACAAUCAUGGGAUCAGCCAACAUUAAUGACCGCAGCAUGCGAGGACACCGAGAUUCCGAGAUUGCUGUUGUCGUCCGCGAUACCAAGAUGGUUUCAUCCACGAUGAACGGCAAGCCGUUCCUUGCGGGCCAGUUCUCGCACGCCUUGCGCGAAUCUCUGUGGCGGGAGAUGACUGGCACCAUCACUUCGUCUUCUGGCGUGAGCGUGUCGGAUCCCAUCUGCGAUAGCUUCUACGAGGGGGUCUGGAAGAAGAUUGCUGACGACAACACCCGCAUCUACGAGGAAGUCUUCCGGUGUAUGCCAACGGCCAGCAUCCACUCUUGGAGCGACCUGACCAAGUGGAAGCAAACAAUGAGCUAUGCUCUAUGCUUUGCCGACGGCGUGCGUGCGCGCGAAAUGCUCAAGCAGGUUCGCGGUUUGUUGGUGAAUUUCCCGCUCACCUUCAUGCGCGACGAGUAUCUCGGGCCGGCUGUUGGUCAACGCGAGUUCAUGGUUCCCAUCAAGACUUUUACUUGAGGCGGGUGUUUGUUUUCGCUCUGUCGUUGUUGAUAUCAGUUGUUUAGAAGUAUUUAUUUUCGUGUGUUGAUCAACAAGAACUGCUCAUGCGAGAAAUGUUCAUCCAGAAGUGGUGAUGAUAG